CGAAAAAUGCCAUGUGCCAUUUGUUUUGCAGGAGAAGGUAGAGUUAAUUCAAACUUUGCUUUUGUUUGGUAAGAUUUUGCCUCAAAAUAUCUUUAAUAAGAAGCCGAAAUGCUAGGCCAGAGCAAGAUCAGUGCUUUCUUUAACACACCAAGUCCAAAAAGAUCGGCUGAUGAUGCUGAAGGCAACGUAAAGUCACCUCCAAGAAAGCUUCACAAGGUCGACACUAACUCACCCGAAUACAACAACAAUUCACCAGAAUUAUCACCUGAACAAAAAGCCAUCAUUGCUAAGAACAGAGAAGCUGCGAAGAUAAAGCUGUUGUCGAAAAAGGGACCUCAGAAUUUUGGGUUGUCUUGGAAGAGAGCUUUAGCUGCAGAAUUUGAUAAAGAAUACUUUCAAAAGCUGACAUCAUUUGUAGCAAGCGAGAGAGCAAGAAAGACAAUAUACCCACCAGAAAAGGAUGUAUUUUCGUGGACACAGUUUUGUGACAUUGAUGAUAUUAAAGUAGUCAUUAUAGGACAAGACCCUUAUCAUGGUCCAAGACAGGCACACGGACUUUGCUUUAGUGUUCAACCAGGAGUUCCUGCACCUCCAAGUUUAGUGAAUAUCUUUAAGGAGCUCAGUAAUGAUAUUGAGGGCUUUACAAAACCAGAUCAUGGCUACCUCAUUGGCUGGGCAAAACAAGGUGUUUUGCUAUUGAAUGCAUGUCUAACAGUUGUGGCUUCACAAGCAAAUUCUCAUAAAGAUAAAGGAUGGGAGCAAUUCACUGAUGCUGUGAUAAGAUGGAUCAACAAGAAUCUGAGUGGAGUGGUUUUUAUGCUUUGGGGUUCUUAUGCACAGAAGAAGUGUAGUUUUAUUGACAAGAACAAGCAUUGCAUCCUCAAGUCAGUACAUCCUUCACCUUUGUCAGCUCACAGAGGAUAUCUGGGUUGCAAGCAUUUUUCAAAAGCCAAUGAUUACUUGAAGAAACAUAGCAAACAGCCCAUCAAGUGGGAAUACCUUCCCGUCAAGGAUGAUGCCUCAUAAAAUACCAGAAGUGCUCUUGCAUUUGAAUGCAUUUUUAGAUGUUUAAAAUGCAUACACGCAUCUGCUGUUUGGUUUGGUAGUUGAUGUUUAAACAGGGAGAGCAUUACUAAGAAAAGUGAAACCCAUAGAACUAUAAAUAGAACUGUUCCUGAAAAUAUUGAUAUUUCUUCAUUACACAUUUAUAAAUAUUGUCCUUCCUUCCCUCCAUCUUGAUUAAAAUACAAUAGCAAAAUUACAAAUGAAACUGUCCAAAACUUCUAGGGUGACCACAGUAAAUCCGUGAAACUUUAGUAAUACUAAGUAGCACAAUUUCAUGCAAAUUCCAUUGUUUUCUA